CAUGGCCUGUAAGCGUCACAGACAUCUGACAACUGACGCAUGCGCAUACGCUGUGAUAACGAGGACUCUAAAUCGAUAAUCGAGUGAUUCAACGGCACCUCCUACUGGAGUUCAUCUAUCACAAUGGCAGAUAAACAAAAUAAUCAGAAAAGUGUCAAAAUAGCCGCUGGAGCCGUAGUUUGUGUUGAAAGUGAAAUAAGAGGAGAUGUCACUAUAGGCUCCAGGACAGUAGUCCACCCUAAAGCUCGUAUCAUUGCAGAGGCAGGACCCAUCGUGAUUGGAGAAGGCAAUUUGAUCGAGGAGCAAGCUCUGAUCAUUAAUGGUUACCCUGAAAACAUCACACCAGAGUCUGAAGUGGAACCAAAGACAAUGACCAUUGGCAUGAACAAUGUAUUUGAAGUUGGCUGUGUAUCACAAGCCCUGAAAAUCGGGGACAACAACGUGAUUGAAUCCAAAGCUGACGUCGGUAGGAAUGUGAUCCUCACCAGUGGCUGUAUUAUUGGAGCCUUCUGUCAGGUCAACACCUGUGAAGUCAUACUUGAGAACACGGUCAUCUACGGCUCUGGAUGUAUGAGGCGGGUUCAGACGGAGAGACCACAGCCCCAGACUCUUCAGCUCGACUUUCUGAUGAAGAUUUUGCCAAACUACCACCAUUUGAAAAAAACUGUUAAAGCUGGCCACAAUGCUAGCUAAACUGUAACUUCAUACUUUAAAGCUGAAUUGUAAACAGCUAGCAAAACUCAUAUUUAAAUAGAUAUUUCUGGAAGGAAGCAUGAAUGUAUAGAACUAUAGAAUAUGUACCUAGCUUUAGCAGUACUUUUUCUCACUUACUGAUAAAUAUUUUCUACUCUAACCGCAACAGCUGAUAAAGAUGUCUUUAUCUUGCUGUGCCGAUGAUCCCUUUUCUAUAAUAAAUUAAAUAACAUAACAUGCU